ACCUGUGCUCUGCUUCAUCACCUGCUGCAGUGUGCCCAUCGCCUCAGGUCCUCCUCCAUGCAGCUCUGAGACAACAAGCGUCCAGUCGGCAGAAUCAUUGAGUCCAGCAGAGGAGGACGUUAUCAUCGUCAGAUCGGACACAAUCACAACAAACAAAGAGGACCUUCCACCGGGCUUUGAGGUCACCGCGUUGACCCCUUUACCCUCUGCAACCGAAGGGGUUAACGAUCCUGCAACAUCCGGGACCAAGAUCCCGGUGGAUUUUACCUCCGAGUCAGUGAUCAUUGCCUUGCCAGAGGACGCCGAAGACUUCAGCAUCGCUUCAGAAAGUCCACCUUUGAUCAUCACUGACACUCUGGAGUCUGAAGAAGUAGAUGUUGAGGACAUUGCAGAGGAAACCGUGGAGGUUGUUGAGGAAGAUCGAACUGUAACAGAAGAGGAGGUUGAGAUCUUACCUGAAGAUGUGGAUGGACCUGAUUCUGAGGAGCCACCCUCAGAGGUCAUGGCUGAAGUGGUCCUCACAGAAGCCACCAUUGUGGUUUCUACUGAGCCCACUACAUUAGGGCAUAAAGAGCCAGCUGCUGAGGCUUCUUCAGGAGUCGCAACUGAGCAAACACCCGAGGAGACUUUCAAGGCCGUUGACGAACCUCCAGACAAGUCUUUGGACGUCACCCCAGACUUGUCCUUGACUGAAACUGAGGAUUCACCGGAGCCAACCGAUACACCUGAAAUAGUCAAGGUAGUUAUUCUUGAAGAACCUGAAGGUGACCGAUCGCAACCACCUGCAGAACAUCCUUCAGCGGAAACUAUAGAAGUUAGCCAAGAUGAAACUCCAACUGUGUUUUUGUUAACGGAUUCAGAAGAAGAAGCUGAAAUAUUUAUAAACAUGACUCAAGGCUUGGAAAUCGAGGUUCCUUCCCAGGCUUCUAUUCUGACCAUAACAGACCAGAUCACAGUAGAAGUUAGUGAAGAGGUCACUUCUGAACCCGUCGUGGUGAUUUUACGAGAGAACAAGGAUGAAGACACCUCGUACGUCACAGAGGAGGUACCACCUCGUACUACAGUGGACGAGACGGAGGAAGAAAUAAUAGUCGAGGCAGCAGAAGAAGACAAAGUCUUACAUGAAGAAGACUUAGUUCUUGUUGAAGAUGAGACGACGGAGAUAGAUGUAAAAGACCUAGACGUCAUUGAUGCAACAGCAGAAGAAGAACCAGAUGUUCAAACAGAGGACGCAACAGUUACCAAAGAUGAGACUUUAGAAGCUUCGGUUCACAUCUCAGCAGAAGAAGAACCAGAUGAAGCUACAAUACAAACAUCAACCUUUGAAGAACGGACGGAAAAGAUGGAAAGAGGAACAAUUGAAGGUGCAGAAACACCUGAGGUACCGAUAGAACCUGUAGACGGAGAAGAAACAAAUCUAACUGAAAUUGUACAAGAACCAGAACCUGCAGUAGAAACUGUACAAGAACAAGAGCCUGUUUUAGAAACUGUACAAGAACCAGAACCUGCAGUAGAAACUGUACAAGAACCAGAACCUCCAGUAGAAACUGGACUAGAACUAGAACCUGCAGUAGAAACUGUACGAGAACCAGAACCUCCAGUAGAAACUGGACUAGAACUAGAACCUGCAGUAGAAACUGGACUAGAACUAGAUCCUGCAGUAGAAACUGUACAAGAACUUGUUUUAGAAACUGUACAAAUAGUAGAACCUACUGGAGAAGCAGAACGUGCAGAAGGAACUGUACAAGAACCAGAACCUCCAUUAGAAACUGAACAAGAACCAGAACCUGUUUUAGAAACUGUACAAAUAGUAGAACCUGCAGAAGGAACUGCUGAAGAGACAGAACCCAUUAGAGAACCAGAACAAAAAGCAGAACUCGUAGAAGAAAUUGCAAAAGAGAAGGAACCUGCACAAGAACUUUUGGAGGAUAUGGAAGAAGCAAAAUCUGAGGCCUCGUUAGAGAUAUUGGAGGAAGUCGUUCCUGAGACUUUUGGUGAAACAACACCAGCAUUCAAUGAAGAGAUCACUCUAGUUAUUGUUGUUGUUCCAGAAGAUACCGAUCGUUUAUUGCCCGUGACUGAAGUGGAGGAAACACCUGAUCCGGAGGUGACUGUGGAACUACUAGGAGACCCCGAGGUAGAAGAACCACCAGAAACUACUAGAAAGAGUCCUACACAGGUGGUUGAGCCUGCAAGUGAAGGUGCAGAGUCCGAAAGUGAAACAUCUCCGGAGUUUGUGACUCGUGACCGUCCGGGCAUUGUUCCCACAGGGGGGGGGAGUAACUAAGGCUGAGGAGGUCCGC